AUGUCAAAAAGAGGAAGAGGUAAACGCGGUUGUGCUUCUUUUUCAACGAAGUUAGAUGCGAGUGAUUAUAACAUUAAUUUUGGUAAGGGACAUUUGCCGGUUGGUCGUAUGAAAGGAAAGUUUAUAUCAUGGUUUGGAUUAUGGGUUAAAAAAAGAUUGCCAUUAGAUCUUGAGACGAAGGAACUUCAUGUAAAUUGGUUUGAUGAGCUAUGGUUGGAAGCAAAGUUACUAUGGAAUAUUAGUGAUGAAAAAUAUGAGUCGGAAGAAGUUAGAAAAGUUAUGAGGGAGAAAGCUAUCAGCAUUCGAACAAAUUUCAAAAGUAGGAUUUUUAAUAAAUAUCAAAAUGAAGGGAAGGAUCCUACUGUCACACAUACAUAUCUAGAUUCUGAGCAAUGGAAAAAUUUUCUUAAAAGAAGGAGUACCGAGAAAGCUCAAAAAAGAAGUAAACGAGCAAAACAAUGUGCAGCCAAAAACACAUGCCCUACCCACCUAGGACGAACUGGAUGGGCGGGUUUUGAAGAUAAAGUUGACGGAAUAUGGUCUUCACUUGAAGCAACCAACAAAUCCCUUCAAGGUGUAAAAAAUCCUUUCACUAAAAAAUUUUUAUCGGGUCGAGCAAAAAAAAACACAUUAACAAACUCGUAUGAACUUCCACCGAAUGCAAUUGAAGAAUCCAAAAAAGGUGCAACAAAGCUUCAGAAGAAGAAGAAGAAAACCGGUAGAAAACAGGGAAAGAAUGACUCGGGUGUCGAUGUGAACCAUGAUAGAGUCCCAUCACCACGGGUGGACGCGAGUCUUGGUGGACCGUUUAUCGACUAUCCACCUAUCCAGAACCCGACCAAAUGUGAGUUGCUAUCUCCCUAUCACGCUCGCGAGGAAGUGACGGUGGCUAAAGGUAUGGCAUGGCCAACUCCUCCAAAUAUGAUUAUGAAUGGGAGUUGUAUCAAAAUUCAGGUUCAUUCUGUUGUUGAUGAACAUUCGGGAUUGCGUGUCCCGGAUGAAACACGCACUGAAGUUUUCAUAUCCAUGGGAGAUAUGCUUCAUAGUUAUGUUCAGUGGCCUAGACAACAUGUAAAGCUUCUGAACGGAGACGCACCAAACAAAUCAAGUACCUCGAGAAUGGCAUCGAGUCAGGAAUCACCUUGUCAUAAAAGUUCCUCAUCGCAAAUACAAGACAAUGACACCACGACAGAUUAUCAUCCACAGAUUGAAGUCGACCCAUUUCUACAAAUCCAACCUCCGGGAUAUGUGAUGCAACCUCAAGGCAGUUAUAUGAGUUUGUUAAUGAAUGUGAACAACCUACAAACUGCUUCACAAAAUUCAUUUGAGUUGCAUGAUUUCAAUCUUGAGAUAAGUCCUAAUCCCCUCCCCGAGCCGGAGCCGGCGCCCGAAUUCGAGCCCGAACCCAAGCCCGAGCCUGCAUUUAGUGAUCCUGAUGUAUGUCUGGCCUUGGAAAGGAUAAAGCUUAAGCCUCCACGAAUUCGAGAAUUAGUUGAUCAAUUACAAAUUGGCAUUGGUAAGAACCAUUACAUUCGGGUCAAUUCACCUGACGGGAUGUAUCCUGAGCCGAUUUAUGAUAACAUCUUGUAUUCCGAUUUGUUAAACAUGCUCUUGGAGGGUUGGCUUGAUGUCACAAUAUUACAUUGGUUUGCCAUGCAUUUCUUUGAGUCGCCCAAUUCUAGGUGUGCUUUUUUCAAUCCACACAAAGUCACGGGAUCACGGUGUAGAACACUUCUUGAAGACGUCAAAAAACACGUAAAAGAAAUACGUGAGCUUCAUUCUAAAAAAGUGUUCUAUCUUGCACCGUACUUAGCCCGGUAA